AUGGUUCUAUUUAAUAACUUAUGCGAAAUAUGUUAAUCCAUAAAUUAAUUUUACGUUUGGUUAUAGUUUUUGCUUUUUUAGCUCCCAGAACCCUCUGGUCAGAGCUGUCGUCAUUUCAAGAUGUCGCGCGUGUGCAAGGUUGUGAGUAGCGCGUGCCGGAGAACGUUUUUCCUCGCGAAGCCCAAAGCUUUCAUCCGCGGGACGUUUCACAGCGCUGACGGAGGGGAAGCGACUGCGGACAAGGCAACCCCGGCGACCGAGAAGCCGAAAAGUGGAUUCGCUGCUGCGUACGAGCUCCACUCCGAGCUGAAGCAGAAGCAGAUGGUCCCAGAGGGCGAGUCGGGCUCCGCUGAGGGCGAGUCGUUCGCGUCGCUGUUACGGCGCUCCGCGUUUGUGCAGAUGGGGCCGGCGAGUGACAAAAUCGUCACGGGCAAGAUCUUUCACGUCGUCCGGGACGACCUGUACAUCGACUUCGGUGGCAAGUUCCAUUGUGUGUGCAAACGGCCCGCGCAGGACGGCGAGAUGUACCAGCGGGGUACCCGCGUGCGGCUGCGGCUGCGGGAUCUGGAGCUGACCUCGCGCUUUCUGGGCGGGAGCACCGACACUACGUUGCUGGAAGCGGACGCUGUUCUCCUCGGGCUGGCGAACGCACACGCGCGGGAGUAGGGCUGCACGGCCGCGCUCAGAACAGACCUCACACAUGCACGCCACGUCCAUCAUUGACGUUUCGGAUGUUCACAGCAUGUGCGUUAUCUUAACUGCUGUCAACAGCGUCGCUGUCCGUGUCUAGGAUGUUUAAUGCCAUCCACCGCACACAAGGGAACGACUUCGACUGCUUUGUAGCAUUUAUAAAUAUACGACGCAAGAUAAGUCUUUAUAAUUGUCGCUUUAUUAAUGUUCAGCCGCACCACAAGUGAACGACCAAAAGGAAUAAAACCUUCGAAAAUUA